GCCGGGCGCUCCGGCGGGGCGGGCGCGCCGCUGCACCGGCGCGGCUGUUGCCGUUCCGCGGGCGGGGCUGCCCGGAUCCAAGAUGGAGGCGGCGGGCAGAGCGGGGCAGGAGAUGAGCCUGGCGGCCCUGCGGCGGCACGACCCCUUCAUCACCGGCAUCGCCGACGUGACCGGCCAGGUCGCGCUCUACAGCUUCAGCCCCAAGGACAACGAGUGGGAGAAAACCGACAUAGAAGGGACCUUAUUUGUGUAUAAAAGGUCAGCUUCUCCUUAUCAUGGUUUUACGAUAGUGAAUCGACUGAAUAUGCACAACCUGGUUGAGCCAGUAAAUAAAGAUUUGGAGUUUCAGCUCCAUGAACCUUUUCUUCUCUACAGAAAUGCCAGCUUGUCAAUUUACAGUAUUUGGUUUUAUGACAAGAAUGACUGUCAUCGAAUAGCAAAACUCAUGGCUAAAGUGGUUGAACAAGAAGCUCAGAGGUCGCAGCAAGUUUCCCAGGACAGAAAAAGUCCCAGCAGGACCAAUGGCUGCAAUGAAAACAGGCCCAUUGACAUCCUAGAGAUGCUUAGUAAAGCCAAGGAUGAAUAUGAACGAAAUCAGAUUAAUGACCUAAGUAUUGUAUCAAGUUCUGGAAUGCAACAGAAUUCAAAUCCUCCAAAGCCAGAAAGCACAGAGCCUUCAGAACAGAAGCCUUCAUUACAAGUGCAAGAGCAGCCAUUUCAGUCAAGGCAGAAGCAUCUGACUUUGGAGGAACUGUUUGGAACCUCUGUCCAAAAGGAACAGCCUGCAGCUCCAUAUCCCAAUCCAGAGAGAAUGGAGAAGCUGCAGACAGAGGCAUCUGCCAGAGAGCAGCACAGUUUGCUUUUGCCUUUUUCCUUUGACCAGUCACCAGUCAUGCAGCAAUCCCUGGGGAAAUGUGAAAGUCCGAGCGUUAAGCCCGGUGCCAGCCAGCAGGACUGUUUGACACCUAUGAUAAAAGCUCCAGCUGCAGUUUCCCAGCCUGAGCUGAAAAACGCUUCAAGCUAUUCAGUUCGUUUAAGCCCUGUUCUUAAUUCAGCCUCGACAAUGGAAGCUGCCCCUGCUCAGAUGCUUCCUGGCCUCAAACAAAGCAACAGUAUAAUGCAAGUUAUGCAGCAAGCUGCCAAGCCCAUAUCCCCACUGGUGAAUCAGCCACCAUCUGAAGUGAGCCACGCUCCACAGAAUCUCUUGGCUGGCCAAAGCCAGCUCAUAGCACCCUUGACUACAGCAAACACAGGGACUGUCUCAAAUGCAUCUCAUACAAGUGUUGAUCUUCUCCAGAAACUCAGGUUGACCCCACAGCAUGACCAAACACAGCAGCAGUCUCUCACUAAGAGUCCCUUAACACCAAACAUCUCUGCCUCGGUUGGCCAACUUGCAACACCAGAAAGCUUCAAAGAAUCUCACAGUAAGCCACCAGCCUUGAACAGCAAGAUAAUCUCUCCCCUUCAGACUGUACAACAAAACAAGGAAGCAGAAGUAUUUCCACAGCCGAAAACUUUGUCUAAAGCAAGUCAAGUUGCCCCUCCACAGUUUGUUACAGCCACGACGACGGUAACACCUUCAGUGCUCUUGUCUCCAAGUGUGUUUCAGCAAUCAGCUACAAAAGCUGCUGAAGUGGAGAAUAAAGCCAGUUCUUCAUCACCUUUAACACUUGGAACAGCAGAAAUUCAGACUACACCUCCUACUGUUCUCAGUAGGUCUCAGCUUCAAGAAGCACUGAUACAUCUAAUAAAGAAUGAUUCUCGUUUUCUCAGCACUAUCCAUGAAGUCUACUUGCAAGUCCUCACCAAGAGUACAGACAACAUUAAGCUAUAAUUGAAGCUGAAUCUACUUAAAAUAUGUUCAUUUUAGAAACAACUAUGCCUCAUCUAUAAAACUAAUAUUUUUGUAAAAGAA